AUUCCUCUCAUAAAAAAUCCCCCUAGAAAUGGAUACAAGAGAACAAGAACUCCAGCCUCUUGGUAUCUGCGAGAGGCUCUACAACUUCUUCACCAGAAGCUUAGCAGCAUAUGCUCUCAAGACCGUAACGUUAGGACUUCCCCAUGAUCAUGCUCCAGCUUCAGCACCUGUUUCCAGUGGAGUGGAGGAGUCCAGUUCCAAUACCAACAAACCAGUGCACCCUGUGGCUCCUGAAACAUGGUCUGCAGGAUCAGGUUUGCAGGGUAAAGUUGAGCCAGAGCGAGCCAAGAGUUCUAGCAGUGAUCAUAUCAUAGAUCGUAAGGAGCUUCUAAUUCAAGAUACAAGUCCAGAGAAGGAGGAAGAAGAAGAAGAAGCACAACUGCCUGCAAAUGCAUUUCAAGCAAAGGCUCCAAAGAAAGUGGUUAGCAUAAAUGAGACUUUGGAAGAGAUAAAGUUGAGCAAGAAGAAAAGGAAAAGGAAGAAAUCUGCAGAGAAGGUGGCUUCGUUUGAGGAUGAAACAGAUAAGCCAAAACUUUUGAAAUCCAUUCUAAAGGUUGGUUCUAUUAAUCUAAAUGAGAAUUCAUACAUGGAUCAUAGCCCCAGCACUUAGGGAGGUUUAUAGUUGACUACCUUUUGGCUUUCAUGUUGAUGCUGUGUUGACCAGAUUAUGGUGUAAAUGUAAAAUCAAUUAAAUGGAAUAGAAGGGGUAAUACAAACAUCAAAAAUACAAUUUACCAUCUUUC